AUGGUUUCUGUCAGACACAAUAUUUAUUCCGCGGGGCAAAUCGUCCAGAAGACGCGUAUAUGGACAAUCUUGACGACAACAACCUCAAAACUCGAAGGACUGUCAUACACAGUUAAAAUUGCACUUGUACCAUCAUGUCCACACGAGCAACAGCAGAGCCUUCUCCUCUCGCGAAUCAUCACCAAUAUUGAGAAACUGAAUGAAGCAGUGGCUAUGAUGAAUCGAAAUCUGCAAGAAGUCAACAUUCAGAACAUGAAUGUCGAGCUGGUGGCACAGAUGUUCAAAAAUUAUCAAUCCAACGUACUUUUUCAUCUCGAAGCUACCAACAAUCUUAAAGAUCCGGUAUGA